AUACUACACGUCCAAAGAAAUCUGGUGAAUUAGAUGGUGUACAUUAUCAUUUUGUAACAAAGCAUAAUUUUCAAGAAGAUGCAAAAGCGGGUAAAUUUAUUGAAUAUGGUGAAUUCGAGAAAUAUCUCUAUGGUACUUCAUUAGCAUCAAUUCAGGCUAUUAUUAAUCAAGCUAAAAUAUGCUUGCUAACACUUAAAGCUGAGAAUCUGAAGGCAUUACGAAGGACGACAUUUAUGCCUUAUGUCGUAUUCAUUGCACCACCAUCACUACAACAACUUCGUCGUCAAAAAGAAAUUCUGGGACAACAUGGAAUUAAGGAUGAACAAUUAAAAUUAAUUUUAAAUGAGGGUAAAACAAUUGAAAAGCAUUAUGGUCAUUUAUUUGAUCGAAUAAUAGUAAACGUUGAUCUUGAUCGAUCAUUGGAAGAACUUAAAGAAAUAGUUCAAAAAUUGGAAACAGAACCGCAAUGGGUGCCAUCAUUUUGGCCAAUUAAUACCAACAAUAUUAUUUUAUCAACAAAAUAUGAGGAAAAAUUGAUAUAUUAA